GCGCGUCCCACGUUCGCGCACUUGGUAGCGGAUCCGGAUACGCACGCUUGGUUUUGCCACUUGCCGACGAUGGACGUUGCUCGCUUCGAGACGCUGCCCCACGACCUCGUGGAGCGGAUCGUCGGCUGCUUGGACUCGCAUGGCCUGCGCGCGCUCUCGCUAACCUCGCGCCUCCUCCACGGGCUCAUCAAGGAGCGCGAUGCGCUCUGGAAGAACGUCUUCCGCCGCCAGUGGGCCUCGGUCAACUUUGCCAUCCCGGCGCCGCUCGUGCUCUCGCCCUUCCUCGCCGCCAAGUACCCUCGACACAGCGAUGCCUACCAUUAUCUCUGCCAGGCCAUGCGCAUGGUGCCAUCGACGAUGGACCUCGACUUUCUCCACGAGUUUGACGAGGACGACCGCGACGAAUACGUCAUCACCGACCUCACGGGCCGCGACGUCGGGGCGCCGCAGCGCUUCGCCAUGACAACAUUCCUCGAUGGCGAAUACUCGGAAGGGCGCAGCGUCCGGUCCAACGUGCCCGUCCAGUUCGGUCCUACGGUCGUCGUGCACCGUCCGACCGAGACGGGACCGUUCGUCGUCGACGUCGUCUUGACCGUGUACUUUGAAGUCUCGUUUGCUGCGACGCCCAUCGAGCCGCGGGACCCUGGCGAUGCCAACAACGCCAACGGCUUCUUCUCGGUCGGCUUCGUCGCAUCGUCCAUGGAGCUGCUCGAAAACCAUGCUGGCUGGGAGCCAUCGUCGUACGGGUACCACAGCAAUGAUGGCGCGUACAUGACCGAGCCCGAUGGCCCCGUGGUCGUCGGGACGUACGGGCCUUCGGAUACGGUCGGCUGUGGCAUUCACUACAACCAUGGAGCCACGAUCUUUUUGACCAAGAACGGCCGUCGCUUUGACACCGAGUUUGCCAUGAACAUGGACCGCGGGCUCUUUCCGUGCGUUGGCACCAACACGACGUACCCUAUGACAGUCAACUUUGGCGCGACGCCAUUCCGCUACUCUCCCUUUGCCACCGACGUGGACGACGCCGAGCGGCGACGGGCGAUUGGCAACACCCCGUUGGACUACGAAGGCUACCUCGACAAGUACGAGUCCGAGGAAGACGAGGAGGAAUGCGAGGCCGAGUAUGACGACGACGACGAGUAUGACGACGAUGACGACUAUGACGGCUCGUACUACGAAGAUGACGACUACUUUGACGCGGACGAGGCCGAGUAUGACGAUGACGCGGACGACGACGAGUACUACGAGAACGACGAGGACCUCAUGGAGCAGUACCGGGGCUACUUUUUCGGGCGUGGCGGUGACGACGAUGACGACGACGACGAGCACGUACGCAUGGCGACGGUCUUGCGGGCGCACCCAGACGUCCAGCGGUUUUUGCACCACCUCUACAGCCACACGACACACGACGUCAUGGUGGCUGCUGCCAACGGCGACCCGCGGGAGCUCGUCCAAGCGAUGCUGUCGAUGGCCAACGACGUCUUGCAGCCGCCACCAGCACCCGUGGUCGCCCGCACGGUGGCCGCACCAGAGGUCACUCGAACCGCCCCGGCGGUCGCUCGUACUGCACCGACAGUCGCUCGCACUGCACCGACAGUCGCCCGGAGCGAAGCGGUGGACCCAGACAUGGCGACGCUUGAGGAGGCCAUGCAAGAUCUGCUGGCCGAGACAACGUCGUCGCCCGAGGCUGCGUACGACUCGGACGAAGAGCUGCGAAGGAAGUACCACGUAUCGGACGAUCCGCUGGACGAAGUCGAUUAGCGCGGUGGCGCCACGACAGUGGAUGGUAUUGCAUGGAAGAAAAAGUUUUGAGAUUCAGAUUCAACUGUCUUCCAAGCGUCCCAA